CUUCGUUUGAGUUAUGGCGUCGGUCUUAAAGUGGGUCUCCGAAUUAUAUGGGAAGAAAUUAAUUAUUUUGGCGCUUCUGAUAAACAUUGAUGUUUGUUUAGGUGGUCCAAAAAAUGUUGUAAUCAGUCCACCACCACCUGGAUCUGUAGCAGAAGGAGACAGUCUGACUGCGAUGUGUGCUGCUACUGACUGUAAACCACCAUGUUCUUAUUCCUGGACUCAGGGUAAUCAGCAGAUCUCAGCAACCUCUCGGUUAACACUGAAAAACAUCAACAGAAGUCAGACAGGGAAUGUGUACACGUGUACAGCGACCAAUUCAGUUUUACCAACAUCUAAAAGUAAACAGUUCACACUGACAGUGUACUAUGGUCCAGACAGUGUCCAGCUAAACACCAGUUCACCACUGACAGUGAAGGAAGGUGAAGAUGUAUCUCUCAUAUGUGAAGCGACUAACUGUUCUCCAUCCUGUUCUUUUACCUUGAAGUUUAAAUCUCAGAUAAAAUCAACCAGUUCCGUGCUGUCAUUAAAUAACAUACAGAGAGCAUCAGCCGGUGACUACACGUGUACUGCUAGAAACACAAACACACAGAAAUCAUUAGACAAGACCAUUACUCUGGAUGUAAAGUAUGUUACACUGAAGAUGUCUGGCUCUUCAUCAUAUGCCAUCACUAACAAAUCAUAUACGUUGACAUGUACAGUGGCCCGGGCUGUUAACUUUGAUAAUACGAUUGUAUUUUCUCGGAAAACAGUGGAAAGUACUUUUGCAACCCUCAAGCAGAACCUGGGUGUAUGUUCUGUUGUCAUUGAAACACCAGCUGGUUACAGUGCAGCUUGUGGUACAGGAACAAGUGAUGCCAACGCUGACACUAAAGAGUAUACACUGGUGAUUGACAAAGUUGCAAAAAUUGAUCAUACAAAUUGGUCGUGUUUUCUGAAUACAGACCACAGAGUCAGCAGCAGUUUAACUGUACAGCCUUUCGGCUCUGCAACUACAGAUAUUGAUUGUAUGAAUGGUGGAAGACCUGGAGAGAGUCUAACGUUAACCUGCAAAAUAUCCGGUACUAUAGUUAGUGGAAUCAGAUGGAUACGACCUAAUGGUGGAUCACCACAAACGGUUAUAUUAUGCAACACAGCAAACACAAAAUGUAACCAAUCUGGGGGAAUACCUGGCUACACUGGAACUAUUGUAUCAUCUACACAGUAUGACCUUACAAUACAAUUUUUUAGUACUGAAACAGAUGUUGGAGAAUGGAUUUGUCGAGAUGGAUCAACAGGAGCUGGUCCAUUUUCAUGUAACAUGAAUCUCAACACUACUCCAGACAAUCCAGAGAGUCAGCUUUCGGAAUCCACCAUUAUUAUAAUAGUAGUGGUUGCUGUUCUGCUGGCCGUCGCUGUUCCAGCAUGUUGGUGCUGUUACAAGAGAAGAGUGAACCGACAACCGAAAGAUGAGCAAGAGAAAACUGAAGAGAAAACUGAAAAGACAACUCAAGAGGAAGAUGAUGAGAGCGUCCUAGUUGACAAUCCAGUUUUGGAACAGUCAAAUUAAUUAGUUGUAAACUUGCUUACUAGUGAAUGUUCGGAGCAGUCCAUUUGAGCAUUUCAUUUCAUUUCAACCUAUUUUCGUGCUUAUAUCCAAUUACGGUUCCAGCACGCUGUCCUGGGUACACACCUCAGCUAUAUGGGCUGCCAAUCCUGGACAGUGGGUUAGUUGUUAGUUGGCUACUUGUUAGUGAUACAGAAGAGGGUGUAGUGGCUGUACACCUACGCAUUGAGGCCUUAAGAACUCGCUAAGCCAGUACCGGACUGCGAACCCUGUAACUACCACCAACUAUAGCUCACUCGAAACAGUUAACCAAUUAAACGAGUGCAGGUUUUAUGAUCGACAUUUCAAAACACAAUUAUUUCUCUUCUUGUUCUUUGGCUUUUGAAUGUCUAAUGAAUAUGUUUAGUGUUAAAUUCAAGUUCAAUUAGUAAUUAUUCAUUAUUAAUUACGAAUUAUUUAUUAAUUACGAAUUAAUGCUAAUUACUAAUUAAAUUAAUUAAUAAUUACCAAUAAUUACAAAUUAAUUAAUUAAUUAAUUAUUAUUUGAAAGCGGGUUGAAAUAAUAUAUAUUUUCAGGGACCAAUCAGUCUACAGAAGGAGUUGAGUUGGUGGUCAAUUAGAGGGCAUUAUUUCCAGACCUGUCUAUUAAAAAUAAUCAGUUAUUUCCACGCCUAUAUAAAUAUCGUUAAUUUACUUAUUUUAAGUUCGUUAUUAGACAAAAACAUUGAUCUCUUAUAUUCGAUUGCUUUUCUUAACUGUGUUCAAAGUCCUGAUAAAAGGGAUCCAAAUAUUUAAUUUCUACUUAUAUCAUGGGUUUUCUUUAUAACAUAUUAUGAUAUGCAGGAAACCCAUAUUGUGAUAUGUCAUGAUUACAACAAUUAUCAUAUUCUUCCCUGUAAAGCAUAGUCGAUGUUAAUAUCAACGGCACCACAGUUACCUCAGUGAAAAAUCUUAUCUGCAGAGGGCAGUCGAAGUGGAGUUAUCACGUGUGUUAUCCUAGUUAGGUACUGCUUUGAAACAGAUAUGUUUAAUUUUCAGACAAUAUGUAUUUUAUUUCAUCUUAACACCCCCCCCCCCCCCCCCCAUACACACACACACGUGAUAAUAUAUCUACUACAAUGCAGCAUACCAUAGCAGUGAAAUUUCAUUAUAUAUGUAUAUUAUAUAAACGACUUACCUUGUUUUAGGUUUGGGGUUUUGGGGGGUUUUUUGGGGUUUUUUUAAUUGUCUCAAAAUGUGUUAUGGUAAUAUGAGGGAUAGGGUCCCUAGUUCAUUAUGUUACAUGUUAUAUAUAGCAAACAUACGUUAAAUAAUCUUAAUCUGAAAAUAAUUUAACAUAUGGAUAUCAGAAUGAAAUAGAAACUAAAUAAAUAUUUACCGAAAAGAUAAAGGAUAAGUACAUGUAGAUAAACUUCCCAAACUGGCAUCGUGAUUAAAAACAUGUAAUAUUAAGUGAUUCAAAUUAUAGCGUUCUAGAACUCUCAUCCAUGGUUCAUAGUUGUCGUAUUUUGUAUGUAACUCGUUUGUUUUAUUAAUAUAUGUAUUUGUUUAUUAAUAACUUAUCGUUAUAAUUAUAUGUAAAAUUUGAUACUGGAACCACAACAGAGUUGACUUUUUUCAAAGAGCAGAAUAGUAAACCGUAAUACUUUGCCCAUUCUGUACAGGUAUAAACACACCUAUCGUCAGAAUAUUUAACAGGUGACGUUGGAACAAUAGAUGAUUUGAAAUGUUUAGUUGCCGAUUUGUCCUUUAAGAGGAGCUUAAUUUGUUAUGUAAAUUAGGGGAUAACCCUACUGUGUUUUCCGAUUUGCGGACGUAUAUCGGUGGUUUUACUGUCGUAAAUUUAGUUUUAUUGGCGACGCGUUAGCGGAGCCAAUACAACGGUAAAUUUGCGACUGUAAAACCACCGAUAUACGUCUACAAAUCGGAAAACACAGUAAGGUUAUCCCUAUUCUAAUUAAACUGUUUGCUGGUUGAUUAUCAAUAGGAAAUUGUCGCAUUUUUAGUAAGAAUAAGAAUAUUUAAACGUCACCAGCUGGUGACGUCAUUGGGCAGCAUAUUAACAGACGAUGGGUGGACGAACAGUUAGCGGCUCGAACAUAGAUGUGUAAUUUGACAUAUUUAAAUAUGACUAAUAAAGAAUAAUAUGUUCAUUUGUGACAAAAACUUCUCAGUAUUUAACGACUUCUGUAUGUAAUAUGAACGCUACAGAAAUUGUCUUUAUGACGCCAUUACAAAACAGCCCUGUUCUUUGCUUAACCUAUGACGUAUUUCUGCCAGAAUAUUUGCGACCGGUUUUAUCGGUGAUUUUACCACCUGAAAUUUUUAAUAGACAUCCAAUCAGAUUCGUUCUUACAAAUGUGUUGAAUUAGAAUAUAGGUUGUUUACCUAAAUUGAAUGUUUGGCUAUUUGAAUUAAUUUGUUCCUGUAUAAAAGAUUUCCCUGUUAUUAAUUAAUAAAGAUUUACAUAUAUUUUAAAA